AUGCCACGAAAGCGCAACUUCUUCACCUCCAACACCUACAUGUCACAGAAUGGCGAUGAUGCGGAGCACCGGGGUGUCGACGCCUCGACAACGUACACCCCGACAAACGACCAUCAGCAGAGCUCACCCCACCGGACCAAACGCAAGGCCACGCGGGCCACGUCAACCAAGGGUUCCCUCCGCCGGGUGGCCAUGAUAGCGCAGCAGCAGCCGAAGCAGGAGGCCGGCCAGCGAGCGUCGCAGGAGGUCCAGGACGGCGACGGCACCAAUAUGAUGAGCGCCACCUGCGUGGCCGAGAGCUUCGACAUGGCCGUGGUGCUCGACGCGCUGACGUCGCACGGAUUCUCCAUCAACCCGGACGGCAUCGACUUCGACGCGGGCGAGGUGGUCCACGCGCGCGGCGUCAACGGCGGCGACAUCUUCGUCUUCCCCUCCGGCACCGUCGUGACGUGGUCCCUGCCGGCCGACGUGGUGACGCGGCAGCUCCUGCGGGCCGCGCAGGGCGGGCCGCCGCACCCGCCGCACCUGCGCGAGCUGGAGGACCUCGAGUUCACGACCGAUACGAGCCGCGAGUCGAGCACUGUCAGGGGGGACGUCGUCGUCCUAGGCACGCGCCGCGAGGUCAGCGACGGCGACCGGCUCGACACCACCCUGGCCAAGGUAGCCUUCUCGUCUGGCCUGGCCCGCAGCGCCAAGCUCGCCGUCCUCGAGACGGCCCUGACCGCCUACUUCGAGUCGACGCGCGAGAUACCCGCCAUCCUCUCCAGGGGCAGCGGCUUCCCUUUCGGCCGCCGCUUCAUCCUCCAGAAGACCGGCGAGCUGCUCGACCUGCGCGCCCGCCUCAACCACUACUCCGAGCUGACCGACUCCCUACCCGACAUCCUCUGGGACAGCAGGGCCGACCUCGGCCUCGAGGGCUACUACGAGCUCGUCGGCCGCGCCCUCGACGUCAGCGUCCGCAUCCGCACCCUCAACCAGAAGAUGGACUAUGCCCAGGAGAUUGCCACCGUCCUCCGCGAGAUGUCCUCCGAGCAGCACGGCACCCGUCUCGAGGUCAUCAUCAUCUUGCUCAUCACCGUCGAGGUCGUCUUUGAGCUGAGGCGCAUCUAUCUCGAGUAUACGGAGCCUGCUGACCCCCAUCCCCCCGCUCCUGCUUCUGCUUCCGCUACCGCUUAG